CAAGAAGACGCGGGCGACCACGAUCCAAGAGAUCAGAAAGCUAUUCUUCCGCCUCCUUCCUUCCCCUUUUAUCGCCUUCUCUCCCCUUUCUUUCUUUCUCACGGUGCCCGAGUACAUGUUCCUCCAUUUGUAUCCUCUCCUCUUCCCGUUGUCACCCCCUUGCCAAGACCAUGUCAUUCCUUCCUCGCCAGACCACCAGAGCUGUACUUCCCCGCACACUAUUCCGCCGCACUGCUGCUAUCCGAGUGGCUUCGACCCCACUCCUCCGCAGUCAAUUGAACCCCGUAUUGAGGGCCAGACAAUUCUCUAUCAUGAGCUCGAGUAUGAUGUCUGCCCCUACUUCGAUUGUGAAGCAGAAUAUUCGCCCAGAGCCUGACCAGGUUCUCCAGGACAUUGCCGAUUACGUCCACAGCUACGAGAUCACUUCCCAGCUUGCUUGGGAGACUGCCCGUUUGUGUUUGAUUGAUACCCUGGGAUGUGGAUUGGAGGCAUUGAACUUUGAGCAGUGUAAGAACUUGCUUGGUCCUGUUGUGGAAGGGACUACUGUACCGAACGGAACCCGUGUUCCUGGUACCCCUUACCAACUUGACCCCGUCCGCGGAGCGUUCAACAUUGGUACCGCGGUCCGUUGGUUGGACUACAAUGACUGCUGGUUGGCCGCAGAGUGGGGUCAUCCUUCCGAUAACCUUGGCGGUAUUCUCGCCGUGGCAGAUUGGCUUGCGAGAACAAACAAAGCAAAAGGACUACCGGCGCCCAAGGUUAAGGAUGUCUUGGAAGCUAUGAUCAAGGCCCACGAGAUACAGGGGUGCCUUGCUCUCGAGAACUCUUUCAACCGAGUCGGUUUAGACCAUGUCGUUCUCGUUAAGGUUGCUACUACGGCUGUGGUUUCUAAGAUGCUAGGAUUGAAUCGCGAACAGACUAUUGAUGCUGUUUCCCAGGCGUGGGUUGAUGGCCAGUCUCUCCGUACCUACCGUCACGUCCCCAACACCAUGUCACGUAAAUCGUGGGCUGCUGGAGAUGCUUGCUCGCGUGCCGUCAAUCUUGCUCUUCUCGUUAAGAAUGGUGUUGGCGGUAUCCCAUCCGUCUUAACCGCUAAGACAUGGGGCUUCUACGAUGUUCUCUUUAAAACUGAGGGCUUCAAGUUCCAGCGCCCAUACGGUUCAUAUGUUAUGGAGAACGUCCUUUUCAAAAUCUCGUAUCCGGCUGAAUUCCACUCCCAGACCGCUUGCGAAGCUGCCAUGACUCUCCACCACGAGCUCAAGAAGAUUGGAAAGACCACGGAUGACAUUGCUUCCAUCCGCAUCAGGACACAAGAGGCUGCCAUCAGAAUUAUUGACAAGAAGGGGCCUUUAAACAACUAUGCUGACCGUGAUCACUGCAUCCAAUACAUGGUUGCUGUCCCACUCAUCCAUGGCCGUCUCACCACACAGGACUACUCUGAUGAAGUAGCCUCAGACCCCCGCAUUGACGCCCUCCGUGAAAAAAUGGAAUGUGUUGAGGAUAAGACUUAUUCGCUGGAGUACCAUGCACCUGACAAGCGUAGCAUCGGGAAUGCCAUCCAGAUCACACUCAAGGAUGGCACGAUUAUGGACGAGGUAGCAGUUGAGUACCCUGUCGGGCACAAGUUCCGCCGUGAUGAGGGUAUUCCAUUGUUGCUAGAGAAGUUUGAGAGACAUAUUACCAAGCGUCUUGGAAAGGUGAAGUUCGAUGUCAUCAUGAACGCUUCUAAGGAGCUUGAUGGCAUUUCCAAGAAGGAUGUCGACGAGUACGUCGAUUUGUAUGUUACUAAGGGAUAAGCGGAGGAUUUCGUUGGAUGGAUAUAUAGGCUAGAAGGGGAAAAAUAGAGCAUGAUUUUCGAGA